UAUUUAAAGAGUAGUGAGUGAAGGCUAUUAGGAUCCACACUCCAUUUCAGAAGGUGGCGGUAAUGCACACUUAAAAGUUGUUUGCCAACCGCCAAUUUAAAAAAGAAGAAGAAGAAGAUGAUCGAUUGGACUGUUUUCUUUACUAUCAGAUGAAACAUGGAGAAGCCUAGACAUCGGUGCAGCGUGUGCCACAAGACUUUCACUGAAAAGUCCAACCUGACAAGGCAUCUGAAGAUCCAUGCCGUCGCCAGGGAGACCUUUGACUGUGAUGUCUGCAGGAAGAGCUUGACCACCAAAUCAUCGCUGGUCAGCCAUCAACAGAAAAACCAGUACCCCAACAUCGUUUUGUACUGGCAAGGAGAGGCCAGGCUGCAGUGUACAGAGGCAGCAAAGUCUGUGGCAGAGGCCCCCAGCACCGUUGAUGACCCUACAUGGCUGGAUCCCAAGACAGCAGAGGCGAUGGCCAAGAGGUCCGGGGGUGAGCUGUGGAAAGGUCAGCUGGUCAUCGUGUUCGGGAAGUACGCCGGUCAGACCUUCAAGUGGCUUCUAGAAAACGAUGUCGGCUGGCUGGUGUGGUUGCUGUUCCAGUACUGCCAGCAGGGAGAGCAGAACGAGCUGCUGAAGUGGCAGAAGGAGCGACUGCUCGCGUACGCCAGAGAGUUCCCUCCUGUCACAUGGCACCUUGACAGGAGAUUGAAGGUUCUAUCAACUGUUAUUGAACUCACCGACAGCAGUUGUUGUCCGCGUACACCACCUUUGGAGCAGGAGCGUUGGCAUGGCGAAAGCGGGUGACCAGACCUCUGGCCAUGCGUGCGUAGCAGCCCUCGGACUCGAACACCACCACCACUGUGGUCAAGAACUGACCCCACUCAUUCAGCACGCUGGUGACGUACUGCAUGGUGCCCUGACCGUCGCCGUAGAUCUUCUUGAGAAUCUAUAAAAACAAAGCAGAACAUUGAUUGCAUGGUGUUUAUCAACAGUCUGUCUGCUCCAUAUGAUCACAAGUACUUUAUGCUGUACAUACCUUCCUCGUGCCGUCGAUGCACAAGAUUUCCCCAGUCGUACUGAGGAUUUGGUCCCUGUACACGGGCAUCUUCUCCAUCUCCAGAAUCAGGUGUGCACACCUCAGGACCCGAGCAGACGGAAGUGGAGGCGGGGCGAUGGGAGGGGUGUAAGUGCCGGUUGCUCUGGCAAACGACAGGAUGCCUUGCUGAGAUGAAGACGAUCCAGCCGCCGACGUGUGGGCAUCGUACAGGAGAGUCUGGUACCGGUCCCGACGCUCCACGUACCACUCAUCGUAACCCUGCUGCAGCAGCCUCUGCACCUUGCUCAUCGAGACAGCGUUGAGUCGGUCGCUCAUCAGGCUGACCACACUCCUGUCCACAGCACGCUUGCCGCAGAUUAUGGCCGGGAACAUGAUUCUGACUGCCGGGGCGAGGUUUAUUAGAAUUUUCGGACUGUACGCCAGCCAGGUGUACUGCUGCUGGGAACGGUGGGCACCGUCCUCCUCGUCGUCGUUCGGGUGCGCCUGGCUCGGCUCCUCCCUCAGCUUGAGACAGUGUUUGCACAUCAACCUCUCAGUCAGCAGGGUGUAAAGGAAGUUUAAGCUGUACACUUGCCUGGCGUAGCUGCCGUACCCUCUCUUCUCCAGGUAGUAUUCUGGCGGUGCGGGGCAGUUGGUGUUGGGUAGCGGAUCAAUGCCUUCAUCACGCCGACCGGGCGCCAGAAGAAGGCAGGGGUGGUGAAGAAGGAGAGCAUGUUGGGCACAGCUCCCUUGACAGCCAUAGGAGGUGGUGGCGGGAGGAACUCCAUCUUCUCCUUAAAGAGCUUCCUCUCGGCCAUCUCUCCCCUGACAUUCUUGUACCUGGACGCCCUCUCGAACAGCCCGUAGGUCUCGUUGGUCUUCAGCCACUUGAUGUUAGCGGGGGCAAUACCAAGGGCUUGGGCGGAUUCAGGCGGCUGCUCCCAGAACUUCUGCCAGCCCUCCAGCACGACGCCACCGGGUUCCGAGGUUUCUCGGAGGGACGAGGGUCCGGGCCUCCCAUCCAAGUACUAACCAGGCCCGACCCUGCUUAGCUUCCGAGAUCGGGGGCGUGCUCAGGGUGGUAUGGCCGUAAGCGAGUACAACAGUCAAGAGCGACCUAUUUAAAGAAGACACACAGGCAGGCCAAAGAGAAACAGAUGCUUUUCAACCAGUGGCGUAGCCACAGGUGUGCCAGGGUGUGCCUGUGCCACCCAGAGUGGCAGCUGGAACACCUAAAAAUAGACGCAGAAUUAUUUUUUAUAGUCUCAAUAAAAAAUGUUUACUAAA